GCGCCGCCUUCGCGGCGGGGAGAGAGGCGUCGUCCGUGCGGAGAGGCGAGCUCGGGUCGCGGCCGCGGCGAGUUACAUCGUUUUCCAAUCUGUCCGCCCCGCCGCCGCCCGACACCCAAAAUGUUCAGAAUGCUGAGCAGCAGCUUUGAAGACGAUCCUUUCUUCUCUGACUCUUUUGUUGCACACCGAGAAAGUAUGCGACAGAUGAUGAAAAGUUUUUCUGAACCUUUUGGAAGAGACUUGCUCAGUAUCUCUGAUGGGAGAGGAAGAACUCGUAAUCGUACAAGACAUGAUGAUGGCGAAGAUUCCUUGACUGCAAUGAAUUGUUCUCUUGUGCCUUUUGGCAGUUUCGGUGGUAUGCAUACAGAUGUCAGCCCCUUUCGGGCAAUGGACCGAAUGAUGUUAAAUAUGCGAAACAGUAUGCAGGAAUUACAAAGAAACUUUGGUCAACUUUCAAUGGAUCAAAAUGGACAUUCAUUUUGUUCUUCCUCAGUUAUGACUUAUUCCAAAGUAGGAGAUGAACCACCAAAGGUUUUCCAGGCCUCUACUCAAACACGUAGGGCUCCAGGAGGAAUAAAAGAAACCAGGAGAGCAAUGAGAGAUUCUGACAGUGGACUAGAAAAAAUGGCUGUUGGUCAUCAUAUCCACGACCGAGCUCAUGUCAUUAAAAAGUCAAAGAACAGCAAGACUGGAGAUGAAGAAGUCAAUCAAGAGUUCAUCAAUAUGAAUGAAACUGAUGCUCAUGCUUUUGAUGACGAGUGGCAAAAUGAGAUUCUAAAGUACAAGCCAGGAGGACGAUGGCGCAAUCUAGAGAACCCUCGAAUGCGAAGCAUUGGCCAUGAGAAUUUAGGAUCCCGAGAACUUAAAAGAAGGGAGAAAGCCCCUCAAAGUCCAGCCAUUGAAAGUGGAAGAAAAUCAAACAUUUUUGUGGACAAACUCAACAUCAAAGGAUCACCUGUGAAGAUCAGCAAAAAAUAAAUAGCCAUGCAUUUGA